UCCAUUCAUGAAAAGUGUGACGUGAGCAGGUCUUCAGCGACCCGGUGACGCUGCCAGCCACCCACUCACAUCCCAGGUGCUGUGGGAGUUAGAGGAAUGUCCAUCACUCUCCAGCCUCUGCCUCCCUCUCUCCCUGCCUUUCUUGCCGUUUUUCUCCAUCUUGACCGUCCGUUCAGCCUUUCUCCCCCGGCUUUUUUUUUUUUUAUCCAUCCCUGCCUCAGAGCUGAGGGAGGACCAUGAAUCUGAGCUCUGUCUGCUGUGAUUUUCAACAUUCAGACAAACCAGUGUGUUAGGACGCACCCCACUCAUUGACACUGGGUAGCCCAUGCACAUGCAUGACACCAUGGGUAGCUCCCCCGAGGUGCUUUCAUGGACUUCCUGCCCCAGUCUGCUGGUGGGCAAGCUGAAGGAGGAGCUCAAACUCACCGUGGUUGGGGACACCAUGAAGAAAUCAAACUUGCCCACCUCCCAACCUCAGCCUACUCAGGCCCCUCCGUCCAAUUUACCACCUCAGAUUAUCACAGACCUGGCUCCGCUGACACAACUGCCCGUUCCCCUGCAGACGCUGCAGACGCCCGGCCAGGACGAAGACUCAAUGCUUGGGGGUAUAACUCCCCCAAACACAGCCUUGAGUGUGGACUCAACACGGAGCGAGGGUGGGCACUUUGACAACAGUGUGCUCCAGCUGCAGGAGCAGGACCAUGAGGAAGCCGGAUCGCCCGCCUCUUGUGAGCACGGCGGGUGUGGCAGUGGUAUGGAGGAGCAGAUGGGAGAAGGGGACUGCCCCAUGCACCACAAUGUAGAAGAGAGGCAGAGUCACCCCCAUCACCCUGAUGACAUCAAGCUGCACUUCCACAGAGCGGGGCCUGGGUCGGGUGGGUUCUUAGAAGGGCUGUUUGGCUGUCUUCGGCCUGUCUGGAAUAUCAUAGGGAAGACAUACUCGACAGAAUACAAGCUACAACAGCAAGACAUGUGGGAGGUUCCAUUUGAGGAGAUUUCGGAGUUGCAGUGGCUGGGCAGCGGUGCUCAGGGAGCUGUCUUCUUGGGCAAGUUCCGCUCUGAGGAGGUGGCCAUCAAGAAGGUGCGUGAGCAGAAGGAGACAGACAUUAAACAUCUGCGAAAACUCAAGCAUCCAAAUAUCAUCAGCUUCAAAGGUGUGUGCACCCAGGCGCCUUGUUACUGCAUCAUCAUGGAGUACUGUGCCCAGGGCCAGCUGUAUGAGGUGCUGAGGGCGGGGAGGAAAGUGACCCCCAGGAUGCUGGUGGACUGGGCCUCAGGCAUCGCCAGUGGCAUGAACUACCUACACCUGCACAAGAUCAUCCACAGAGAUCUCAAGUCUCCCAAUGUUUUGGUGACCCACAACGACACUGUGAAAAUCUCCGACUUUGGAACGUCCAAAGAGCUCAGUGACAAAAGUACAAAGAUGUCAUUUGCAGGUACGGUGGCCUGGAUGGCCCCAGAAGUGAUAAGAAAUGAGCCUGUGUCUGAGAAGGUAGACAUCUGGUCAUUUGGAGUUGUGCUGUGGGAACUUCUGACCGGAGAGAUUCCCUACAAAGACGUGGACUCCUCGGCCAUCAUUUGGGGUGUUGGCAGCAACAGUCUUCACCUUCCUGUCCCCUCCACCUGCCCGGACGGCUUCAAAAUACUCAUGAAACAAACAUGGCAAAGCAAGCCCAGGAAUAGGCCUUCGUUUCGUCAGAUCCUCCUACACCUCGACAUUGCCUCCGCUGAUGUCCUGGGAGCUCCUCAGGAGACCUACUUCAAGUCUCAGGCAGAAUGGAGGGAGGAAGUGAAGAAACAUUUUGAGAAGAUCAAAAGUGAAGGCACCUGUAUCCACAGGCUGGACGAGGAGCUGAUCCGACGCAGGCGGGAUGAACUCAGACAUGCACUGGACAUCCGGGAGCACUAUGAGAGGAAGCUGGAGAGAGCCAACAACCUCUACAUGGAACUCAGUGCCAUCAUGCUGCAGCUGGAGGUCCGAGAAAAGGAACUAAUGAAGAGAGAGCAGGCAGUGGAGAAGAAAUAUCCCGGGACCUAUAAGCGCCACCUGGUCAGACCCAUCGUCAGGUCCAACGCUGUAGAGAAGCUCAUCAAGAAGAAAGGAAGCAUGUCCCACAAACCUGGGAUGCCCCCCACUAAAAGGCCAGACUUGCUUCGUUCUGAUGGCAUCCCCAGCCUCGACCCUCUCCCCUCCCCCUCGCCUCUAUCAGCCAGCCCAAAGGUCUCCACGCCUCCUGGCAAAGCCCGCUACCGAAGCAAGCCUCGUCACCGACGGGCCAACAGUAAAGGAAGCCAUAGCGAGUUCCCCGGGGUGCUUAAGCCUCUUGCUGGGGCAUUAGAGGACACCCAGUCUCUCCAGGAGCAGCCGUUCCUCCAUCACCACCACCACCACCCACCAACCGAGGGGCCCUUCCUCCCCUUGAAGGGCCGCGAGGAGGCCGUUGUCAACUGUGCCAACAACCUGCGCUACUUCGGCCCCGCCGCUCCCCUCCGUAGCCCUCAGACAGACCACAUGCAGCGCCGCGUUUCUGGCUCCAGCCCUGACAUCAUAUCCACUGCUGUGGAUGCAGACACGCGACAGCGGACUUCAUCCACCAGCUCCAAUCCUGUCCCAGGUGCUGGUGCAGGUUCUUUGUGUCCCUGCUGCCAGGCUCACCCCUUCCCUGGCUGCCUACACUGUCAGGAGACCCCUCCUGCAUCAAGCCACCCAGAGUUGCCCCACUACUCCCUGCUCAAAACCCAGGAGAGCACCGCUUCUUCUUUAGGGGCUCCCAGCAAAGAUCCAGCCUCAGACAGAGAGGCCACAAAGAAGGCUCAGCCACAGGAACAAGAGGCAUCCCAACGCACUCACACCCUGCUCACUGCACUGCCUCGUACUCUCAGACCUCUCAGGAAGGGUGGCGAUGAGUCCUCUGAAGAGGAAGAGGGGGAGGUUGAUAGUGAAGUGGAGUUCCCAAGGAGACAGAGACCUCAUCGCUGUAUGAGCAGCUUCCAGUCCUACUCCACUUUCAGCUCAGAGAACCUGUCGGUGUCUGACGGAGAGGAGGGAAACACCAGCGACCACUCCCACAGCGGGCCCCUGGAGAGGAUGAGUACCAGUCAGGAGGAACACCUGGAUGAGCUGCUGUCGCACACACCGGAAAUCCCCAUCGACAUCUCCACCCAGUCAGACGGCCUCUCUGACAAGGAGUGCGCCGUCCGCAGGGUAAAGACCCAGAUCUCACUGGGAAAACUGUGCUCCGACGAACACAGCUACGAGAAUCCACUACAGUUUAGGGAUUCAGACUGUGAUACGUCAGAAGCAGAGUGCUCCGAUGCCACCAUUAGAAACCACAAAAUCGGGGCUCCUUCCUCGUGGUGAAACCCACCCCGAGGCUUGGUUCUGUUUUUGCCUGGAGGCCAUCGUGUCCCACUCUGCCCUGCAGAAAAUACAGCAAUAAGAGGACAACAUUGUAAACAAAGCUCCCUAUAGCCAAGCCCCAUGCAAUCUCUCCCAGAACCUCCGCCAGAACUACCCUUCCCUUCAUAAACCCCCAUUCCCCCAUCUCUAGCACAGCAUCCAGGCAACCCAUGGCAGGGAUUCCCUUUUGAAUGAUAAUGUACAGUAGAUAAUGUAACAUUUAUAAUUUAUUUUUGUCUGAGUAUUGAAGGAAAAUUCAGGACAUCUGUAAAUUCUCUGAUCUGAACAGAGAAAAACUGACUAUUUGAAACUGAGCAUGGGCUAAGUGUGUGUUGAUGAUGAUGAUGAUGAUGAGAAGGAGGAUGUGUUGAAGUGCUGAUGUAUCAGAGGCUGACAACUAGCAGUGUGAAGCUACAUCACUACAGUUGUUGGUCUCUCAGGUGACUGACGCAGACAAGGAGUGUCACUACAAGCCUUUUGAUCUGGCUAUCGUUGCUCUCAGCAUCUUACUGUUUUAGACCCAAAUCCCCAACCCCCUCUUACUAAACCUGCUUUAUCAUGAGGUGACAGUGCAGAGCCCCAGUACCCCCCCCUGACCCACUUCCAUCCCGUCCCCACCGUGGUGAGUUGGGGAACAGGGAGCUCUUGAAAGCAGUGUGAACACCAGCAUGAACAGCCUCCCUCCCUCCCUUAGAAGCCACCACGUGUCUAGUCUGUCAUCGAGAUCCCCGCUUAACUUUUCCAAGCAUGCUUGUGUAGCUCGCAAAAUGCAAACGCUGCCAGAAGACUGCAUGAAGUAGACAAGCUAGCAGAGCAAAAGAGCUGAAGACUCAGCUGACAGCUAAGGAGAAGAUAAAAAAAAGAGACUUCCUCUGUGACCCAGCUCAUCCUUCUCCGAGACACAUCAUCAUCAAUCAGAUAUCAUGACCAGAGUUGUUUAGGUGUGUGUGUGUGUGUGUGUGUGUGUGUGUGUGUGUGUGUGUGUGUGUGUGUGUGUGUGUGCGCACACACAAAGCCCUUUCCUCUCCAUUAGACAUUACAGUUUCAAGUCUCAUCUCAGGAUUGUUCGAGGACUGUGAGAAACUGGACUGGACCAAUUAUUGUAUAUAUUCAUAAUAAUAUACAUAAUAUGGACCAUACAAGAAUAUUAAAAAAGGUCUUACACAUAGCCUUGAUGUUCAAACCUUUAUUGAUGUAACAGACAUUAAUGUUAUGUAGAGACAUAGAGCGUUUUACUUGCAAUCCAGGUGCAGUAUCCCAUUUCUUAAAAUCACUAGGUGCAUCGUCUCCCAUUUACCGUUUUCUAGCAGGGUACUUUCUACUGUCUUAACCGCAAUGUCCAAAAAUAAUAAUUCUUUUCUGUGCUGUAGUGAAUAAAACUGCAAUAAUGUAGGUUGGCGCUCAGGUGAGAAAGAAGUUGCUUACUCAGGAUCCGGGGCGUCUAGCUGGCUAGACACAAUACAGUGACUGGUGGCUGGCUAGAGGAGAGCAGCAAGUGUCAAUCAGCUUAUUAUAGAUGUUAUAUUUUUAAAUUGUCCCAUUUUUAGGAACUCGUUUCUGGGGGUUUAAUGCUCAGGUUUUAUGUUGCAGAUUGAGAGCUGGAGCAAUAUAUCAACAGCCACUAGAUGGUGACAGUUACAAUGACUUACUUUACCUGGUGUUAUGUAAAUGUCCUGGCUCCUUUCCUCACUUUCUACCCAAGAUACAUUGGGCAUUUCUGCCUUUAAUGGAUAGGACAGCUCAGAUAUGAAAGGGGAGAGAGAUGGGGAAGACAUGCAGGAAACCAUUGGACCUUCUGCGUUGAGGAAUAAACCUCUAUAUAUGUGCGCCUGCUCAACCAACUGUGCUAACCGGCCACUACCCAAGAUAAUUUCUGUUUCCCAUGACCAUCCAAAUCCUUGAAUCCCAGCAAUAUUACGAUUUUUGACUAGCUGUCUUUAAAAAGGGUUACUGCAUCUGUGAGAGCUUUAUUUUUUAUCCCUAUUAGAGUGUUUGUCAUCCAUUUUAAUGAUUCUGCGGUUGAAAAAUAGCCAGCCAGGGUUGAACUUAACAAUAAUGAUGUCAAGUGUGUGCAGAUGGCUGAGAUUCUAAGUUGGGAAUAAAAGCCAGAGACAAGGCCACAGAGUGCAAUAAAGCUGCUCUUGGUUUUCAAAAACCUCAUCUCAGUGUUAGUUACUCCUGUAUGUAAACAUCUGUAAAUGUAAUGUAAUCUGUUUUUGUCCUCUCUCUAUAACGUAUCGCCCAGCUCUGACAGAGCCUUCUGUCACUGAUGACCAGCGGUUGAAAAUGAGCAGGAAGUUCUGUCAUCUGAAUGACAUCAGUAUUGACCACCGCAGGAGUGUGUGAGUCAUGAGAACCGAGUAGCACAAGGUGAAUCUAAAACUGUACUGAUGGAUCAAUUACCCUUUUGCUUGAAAGCUUUGGAAAGGCUUACACCUGGUACUGAAAGCAGCGGUUGCCUUUCCUCGAGCCUCCUUCAACCUUCUUCAUUCUGUUCAUGUAUGUGUGAAAUAACCUAGUAUAUUGUAAUGACUGGGUAAUCCGAUCAAGCUGUUAAUAACAUUGUCUUUCUGGCAUAUUAUCCCAUGAAAUAUGAUUGUUGUAAAGUUUUAAUUUAAUUUUGAUUCUUUUUUUCUUUUCCUUUUUUUUGUAGCUGGCCUACAUGAUUAUUUAAUUAAUUUAUUAUGAAUGACUGGUAAGGUUUGUGUUCUUUUUAAUUUCAGGCAGCUUUAGAAAAGUUAUGACCUAUGAUUUUUUUUUUCCUGAAAAGUAUUAUUUAAAGGAAGCACAAUAAAUUGGUAUCAGCAGAGGACAGUAUUUGUAUGGGAGAACAAAAGCAUUGUCAUAUCAUGGGCAUCAUUUUUGUCUUUGUGACCCUGUGGGGGACUAUUCAUCAUUAAGUAUUGAUUUAGCCGACUUUUCAUCAGUAAUUGGCAACCUCAGGCAUUCCUAAAGCUUUUUAGGCUACAGGAAAUCAAUUCUAAUACAACCAAAAGCCAGUCCGUGGACUGUCACAGGAGGGUAACUGAGACAUGAAGCCUGAAGGCAUGUGUGAUGCCGAUUUCUGUUCUUCUGCAGAGAUCCCUUUCUCUUGUUUUCUAAUCAAAAUACCAGUUACUUACAUCUGAAUUUCUGUGAAAUUGUCUCUUAACUGUAGACAUCAUGUUGCCUCGUCCCAUGUAUUUAACAUCUGUUUCUUUGUUACUCUCAUUUCCAACUCCCUUUCCUGUUGAAUGGCAUUAUGAUCAACCAAUCCUGUCCGUUUCCUGUAUUAUCCAGUGUACAGUGCAAUGGGUAUCUGGGAGAAUAAAAUCAGAGCAAACAACUGCAUGGAAUAAAUGCUGAUGUACUGUACCCAACA